GAUUACAAUCUAUAUAAAUCGAUCGGGGUUUUUAGUCAUAAACAAAAGUACAAAAAAAGAGCGGAAUAAGGCAGAUUUUAAAGGGGAAGAUUCUGUUCAGGUAAGACAUCAUGCAUGUGUCGAUGUGUCCCCCGUCUUUCACAAAUUCUUCUUUUUAAAUGUAGACUUAAGUCGAAGAAUGCUGGCGCUAAAAAUAGAAUUAUCCUUGUGACUUUAACCGAUGAACUGAAACGGAAGCUUUAAAGGUAGGCCUAUGUCCCGGGUUAUUAAAGCAAACGUACAUAUAUAUACGUAUCAUUGGAGAUAUAGCGGGAUAAAAAGUCGUAAGAAUGUUUGUUUUCCUAAAAAUGGCCCCUCUCCUCAAUGUAAAAUGCAAGGGUCGAGCUGCCCUCCCACACGCAGUAGGCCUACAAAUUCUAGCUAGCUCUUAACUUUUAGGGCCAUUGUAAUUUACUCUAUAUGAGACGCCAGCUUUGUGAACAAACUUCCAUACGUAAAUCCCAGCUGGACAGAGUCUAAAAAUGUGUGUCGAAAACAAUCUAUGGGCCUGGUAGAGGGCAGUGAGAGUAUUAUUAUACAUGUAGUAUACAGGCCUACAUAUAUAGUACAAGCUAUAGGCCUAUACGUUCACAGACAACUAGUACAAAAAGGCAUUCAGUGUUUCCCCGUAUUCAAUCCGUGAGGGCACAGUCGGAGACAUAAUGGCCGAAGCACCCCAGUGCGCCGUUCCUAUGGGCCAGUACAUCAUUAACUUGAUGCAUAAACUCGGCCAAGGAGGAUUCGGCGUGGUUUAUAAGGGAGUGGACACAAAGAGGGAUGUCGAGGUGGCAGCAAAACAGAUAGAAAUUCGCCGCGAGAGAGGCGGAGCCGACGCAAUGGCGGAGAUAAAAAUCCUUCAAAAAGUUCCAGAACACGUUAACAUAAUAAGACUGUAUGACUUUCAUUUCUUCCGUAAUUCUUUCUGGAUUAUAAUGGAGUAUUGCAAUUGUGGAGAUCUGAGAGACUAUUUAAAGAAAUACGCGCCUGUUGCCUUGGCAACAAAGGUUGAUUUCAUGCGUCAGAUGGCAGCAGCGGUUCACCAUAUGCACACGCUGCCCGAGCCUGUUGCACACAGAGAUCUGAAACCGCCAAAUAUCCUACUGCGUUAUACUGGGAGUGAUGAGAGACCUGUUAUCAAAGUGACGGAUUUUGGGCUGUCGAAGGUGGCAGACGUUGAUCUCAGUAAGACCUUCAUGAUGUCAACACAGGCGGGAACCCCGUGCUUUAUGGCACCCGAACAAUUUGGAAGAGAGGGGUAUACCGCCUCCGUGGACAUAUUUGCCUUGGGACUGAUGUUUGUCGGGAUGAUCAAUUUUGAAAAGACGGGCGAUAUAAUACCGACAAUUCCUGAUAAUCCAGGUUCCAUGUUAGCCUGCAUGAUAAUGCCGAUAGGGAUCCAAAUGAACCAGGCAGCCAAGACAGGCGGGAGGCCAGUCCGCGUGGUGAAACUGGAGUCAAGUGAUGACCCAGUAUUAAAACAGGUGAAAGAGUUGAUACAGAAGAUGGUUCUACAUAAACGGGAGGACAGGUGUACGUCACAACAGGUGUUUGACUCCAUCAAUCGUAUCUAUGAGGAAAUCAAGUCAAGCCUGCCGCCUCCACCACCACGACCAGGCAAAACCGGUGAAACGGCCCGCUCCAGAACUCCGCUAGAUGUCGACACUGACGCGGCGGCCGCAGCUGCGGUGGCUGGCUUGGAUGACGAUGAAGAUGACCUUGGUUAUAGACUUCUCCGCCAAGCCAUGCAGCAACACAUGGAGGAUAAGAUUCAAAAAAGAAAGAAGGGCGGCCGUAAAGAUGCGCUGCUGAAAGAGCUAGGAAAAGGGGUCCCGCUUCUAGAGAUGUUGCUUCAUCACGCGAUUGAUGACGAUAGCCCAGAGAGACAGAAAGGAAAGCGCAGAGAUGAUAGUGAUGACGACUUUCCAGUAGGGAGCAAAGUUCGCGUCAUGGACGUGGAAGUCUCCAGGGCCAAGGAGAUGCAGCGAAACUAUGGGGGGUGGGUGGAUCUGAUGAAACACUACCUUGGCAAAGAAGGCACUGUGGGGGAAAAAUUGCUGCACACUAUACAAGUGAGGUUUUCAGACGGCCUAAAAUGGGCCUGGAACCCCGCCCUGCUUCAGAAGAUCAAUUCAGACGGCACGGCAAGCGAACAGAGUAGACCACGAGAUAAACGAGAGAGUAGACGGGACUUUAUUGGCACCCUCUUUAAGCGGUAUGAUGUGGUGCAGAUUGCAUCGGAGGAGAGCGUGGUCAAACUUCUUCAGGAGGGACACGGGGGAUGGAUGGACGAGAUGAAACAAAAUGUCGGCGUGAAGGGGAUAGUUAAUAACAUAGACAGCAACGGGGACGUGUUUGUGGAGUGUAUUAACGGUGGGAAGUGGUACUUCAAUCCAGAAGUCCUGAUCAAGGUGGACCCUAACCCCAACCAGGAUUUCGACGCCGGGGACUUCGUCAUAAUCAAAGAUGUCGAGGUAUCGGAGGCCAAGGCUCUACAGGCUGGCCACGGAGAGUGGCACUCCAGUAUGGAAAAGGCGCUGGGAAAGACGGGUAUCGUGAAGUCAGUCCUGACAGGUGACAGGGUCAAGGUCGAAGUGGCAGGCCACACCUGGAUCUUCAACAAAGCUCUGCUGCUACUGGUGGCUAAUGCAGAGGAGAUGAUGCAUGGUAUCCUACUAAAGAAAAUGAACCGAUGAAAAGGAUUAACACCGUCUGGUGAUAUACAAGACAAGAUACAAUAAAGUAUUACUUAAUCUAUUCUUCAAAGGUUUACAUAACAUUCAUUCACCAGGAGUCUAAAGUUUGGAAGAAGUUGUAAGUGAAUAGCUUUUGUUGCCAUCGGAAUAAACAAAAAAAA